CUAGGUGAAAAAAGAAAAAAUUGAACUUCUGUUUGUUUAGUUGAUUGUGAAAAUGUUUUGAGCUAUUUUUGAUCGAAUGCAGCUUUAAACCUCCAGGAGUUAACGAAUUCUAGAGAUAUGGAAGUUGCAGGCGAAGAAGAACGAGACGGUCUUUCAGUUCAUUCUCCAGGACAGGCUCUACCGUCUUCAGCAUCUUCUCUUCCUAAGGAGCAAUCACAGGUUGAAGUGGAACUGAGAUUGUUAGAAGCUCUCGAAAUAUAUCCUGUAGUCAAACUACAAGGUAUUCACCGCCACUUUGUCCUUUAUGGUCUGAUGGAAUUUUUGAGAAGAAGUUUUGAUCGCAACUUUUCACCUGAUGAGGUUUUGCAGUUGCUGGAUCGAUUCUACAACUUAGAGACACUGAAACCAGACAAUGAUGAGGGAGAGCUUUUGAAUCAAGAAGAAGAUUUUUCCCUACCACAAAGUUUCUUUGGCAAAGAAGAUUCGUAAUCCACAGCUUUUGGUAUAUAUACAUGUUUCUCUUCAGCUUGUACAGCCUCUCCUUUGUGGUGGUAGUCAAUACUUUAUUGGGUGCUGUUUUAUUCGUUUCAGUAGAAUAUUAGGCUGAUGGAUGGUCAAUUUGCGUUUACUUUAUAAACCUCGUCGAGAGGAAAAGAAAGUAGAUUUUAAUGUCCAUAGGGUGUGUAUGUAGGCCACUUUCUUGGCAAUGAUUUUGUUACUGAUCUUGCUCAGAAACAGGGUGGGACGCUAACGCCAAGGCAUUUUUGCAUAUACCUGCGUUGUAGGCUGUACCUGGUGAGGGCAUGUAUUACUUGACUAAACAGAUCCUUGACAACUGAUAAUAAUGGUAAGGCUACUGACUUCUUGACCUCUUUA